AUGGUGGAACAGGUGCAACAAGGUGCAGUCGCCAGAUCAGCCGGCGAAUUAGCUGCAGUACCCGUUCCGACUCCAGCCAAGCCAAACAGUGCUCCUGCUGAAGAAUCUUCUCACAUGGAUCAAUCAACAAAUGCUAUGAUUCCCAAUCCACCAGAGUUUGAUGCAGUUCGCAAACAACUGGAAGCAAUGCCACGCACGGAUGCCUAUGGUCCAUGGAGACAAGUGAGACAUACCACCAAAAGACCUCCCGAGUAUCUGAGCAGACCUCCAGUCAUGCAACAAGAUGAUUUUUCUGAGAUGAUGCAGGAAAUGGGGAUUCUUCCAAAAGAGAAGCCAGCGCUGAACAAGACGGAGAUCGACCAGCAGUUCGAGCACGUUUAUCAGGCCCUGAAGCUGAGACAAGUGAUCAGAAGCACCUCUGCCGCUCCUUUACUCUGCAGUGCUUGCGUAAUCAUGGCGUCCUCGAAUGGAGCUGAUUUCGACAUGACUCAGGCUGUCGCCAUCAUCAAUGUCCUGCGCCAGACUGGAAUGUGGGACCAAGCUCUCAAGGCCGCUGAUCGAGCUGCGAUGAGUCAGUUUGAGUCGGGGAAAAGUGACAGCUCUCAUGGAGCCAUGCAUGAUGGCAGCAAACGUCGGCUGUUUGCUGAUGCUCCGGGAAGCUUCAGUGAUGAUGCAGAAGAGUUCGGCGUGAUCUCAAUGACCGGCGCUGAGGCUCCGAAGCAAGAGCCGAUCCUUCCAAGUGCAGCCGUUCAUGUAAAGAGCUGGCUCACCAAUCCACGUGCCUGUGCUGCUUUUCAGAGUUUUAUUUGUCAAAGCACGAUCGCCAAAAAGGUGAUCAGAAGCACCUCUGCCGCUCCUUUACUCUGCAGUGCUUGCGUAAUCAUGGCGUCCUCGAAUGGAGCUGAUUUCGACAUGACUCAGGCUGUCGCCAUCAUCAAUGUCCUGCGCCAGACUGGAAUGUGGGACCAAGCUCUCAAGGCCGCUGAUCGAGCUGCGAUGAGUCAGUUUGAGUCGGGGAAAAGUGACAGCUCUCAUGGAGCCAUGCAUGAUGGCAGCAAACGUCGGCUGUUUGCUGAUGCUCCGGGAAGCUUCAGUGAUGAUGCAGAAGAGUUCGACGUGAUCUCAAUGACCGGCGCUGAGGCUCCGAAGCAAGAGCCGAUCCUUCCAAGUGCAGGAACCACCGUUCCCUUGGUUCCAACCUGCAAGUUGCCUCCGGGAGUGGAGUCAAUUGAGAUGUGGGGAAAGACUAUUUGCACGUUGCCGAAGAUGGCAAACCGCAGGUGCACCUAUGAGAAGUUGAUUCAGGAAGCUGGCGUGAAUGCCGAGACCAAAGAAUACUUGGCAUGGAUCAGUCGCAAUGCUCACAAGUCAGCGAAGGCAGCUGAUCUGAAGAGCUAUAUGCAAGCUAUGAAGUAUGACCCGAACAAGGUCACCGGAGUGAAUUACCCAGGCACCACUGCAAUUCGAGAGUUUGGAGAAUGA